AUACCAAAAAAGCAUAUUCCUUUUCUGAGUUUUCUCUCUUUCCUUUUCUCUGUUUUAUUGUAUAAAAAAUCACAAAAUUUUUUCUUAUAAACCUCUUGAAAUGCAAUAGAAGAAAGUUUAACCAAAGUGCCUUUGAUCCUCUCGGUUUCUUACUCGUCGUUAAAGCUUUCUUCUUGGUUGGUUUCAGGACUUUGAAGUUCCCAUUUCAGAUAUUACACAGACGUGAAAAAAUAUGAAGAAUACUUGGUUGUUCUUCAUUGAUCUUGAUAGAGGCUCUCCAGACAUCUUUCCAAUUGAGCCCAUUGUAUUGCACAAUUUUGGGGGUCAUUUAUUUUCUCAGAUAAGUUUGUUUGUGGAUAAUUCUAUACACCAAUCUCAAAACUUGUUUGUCCCCGGAAGUUUAGCUCUCCAAGAAUCAUUUAAUUGUAUGUCAAAGUUAGCUGGUGCUUUACUUUUUUGGUGCUCUAGUACAUCCACUUCAAAUAUUGCUCGGGACAUAGCUGGUAGAAUGCAUGGUUCAGAACCCAGUAACCAUACAUCUUCUGCACAUGUUAAGAACGUUACUUCUAGUAGACAUAAUCUUGCUGGAUAUCACUUCAGAUUCAGAUCAAAAGGAAAAUCUGGCACCCCAGUGAUUUUUGGUAAGAUUUCAAGUUUCAUGAUGAAGCUCCUGUUCCAAGAAGUUAAAAGGAUUCAAUCCUAUCCUUUGCUCUCAUUAGCUGCUGCCUUUGUACCUCCGUUCAAUAACUUAUCUUCAGAGGUGCUAGCAGUUCCAAUGGAGAGUACUGAUUUACAAGUGCAUGGAGGCAUUGACCAAAGGCCUUGUAAGGUUGAGAAUCAAAGGUGCAUGGAUCUGUCUUUUCCUGACUUGAACUUGACAAGACAUGCAGUUGAACCCAGAACUGGCAUUGAGUUUCCUAUGAUUUUGGACAACAUUUUAACCGGAGAGAAAAAAUCCAGUUUAAGUUCAGAGGUUCUUGUUGGUACUGGAUCAAGAACUAUGAAAAUCAUCAAAAUCAAAUCUCUUAAGAUUUAUGCAUUUGGUUUUUAUAUUCACCCUUACUCUGUCUGUGAGAAAUUGGGUCCAAAGUAUGCUUCGAUUUCAGUGGAUGAACUGAACAAAUGCCAUGAUUUUUAUCAGGAUCUUCUCAGGGAAGAUAUUAAUAUGACUGUUAGGCUUGUGGUCAAUUGCAAUGGGAUGAAAAUCAAUACUGUGAGAGAUGCUUUUGAGAAAUCCCUUCGAGCCCGUUUGGUGAAGACAAACCCAGACACUGAUUACCAUUGCCUAAAAACAUUUGGUUCAUACUUCAAACAGGAUAUCCAAAUACCUGCGGGAACGACAAUUGAUUUUCGACAAACAUCUGAGGGACAACUAAUUACUGAAAUUGGAGGUAAUCAGAUUGGAGCAGUCCAUAGCAAGGAUUUGUGUAGGGCAUUCUUUGACAUGUACAUUGGAGAUGUUCCGGUUUCAGAACAAACGAAAGAAGAGAUUGGCAAAAAUGUUGCUAAUCUCAUCAGAAGGUGUUGAAAUGGUCUUAUUUUCCUUACUCCAUUGUCCCCUUUUAAAAUGGGCAGUUGGUUUAUGAAGUUUUGGAAUUUUCUGGUGGCCAUUCAUAGAAAGUAGAGACUCAGUUGAGGGAGUGGAAGAUUUGUUGAUGUAGCAAGGCUAGAACAGCUGCAAACUCUAUAAGGGUUUGUCCUGGGGUCCUAUAGGUUAUUUUAGUCCUUCAAAUUUGAUUGCUUCUCCGCAAUUCUUUGUAGUUGUUUUUUUAAUUAAAUAUUUUUUUAGAACAAAAAAUUUAAGGUAAGUGGGAGAAGGGAAUUGUUACAUCAAUUAGAAUGACUGUCAUAACUCAUAUGACUCAAAUAUGUUUUUACAAAAGAAGACAAAAUACAAAGAAUGUAGUUUGGGCUUCAUUUCUUCUUUUUUAUUUUAUUUUAUUUUUAUUUGGGAGGCAAUGUUGAAUUUUGAUUGUACUAUAAAUAAGUUGUUCUUCAGCUAUAUUAUAGAAUAAUACUUUUGAGUC